GCUGUCAGACAUGACUCAGGGUUUACCCAUGGUCACUUUGCGCAUGCGUACUCAAAAAGGGAUGUCAAGUAAACGAAAAUAGUUCGUUCGAAAAGUUCCCGACGACGCGGUGACGAGCAGGUAAAGGUGUGCGGCGGCGUCGCGGUGUUUUACUCUCCUCGCGGCGCUCACCGACGGUGACCGGGACAGGCGUCUUCCGGUUGUCGGGGAAACUUUUUGAGUUGGCGACAGAUUCGGGUUAGCUAGCUGCUAGCCGGCCGGGUGAAGUCGUGCGUCAGGAGUUGGCGGGUCGUGGUCAGGAGCCAGCUGACGGUCCGUCACAUGAUUCCAGCCGCGGAGAGGAGCAGCGCAGGAGCCAGAACUUCCUCAUGCUUGCCCCGUGUUCGUGUGUGUAGCGUCCGCCGUUGGGGAGUUCCGCGGAUCGUUAAACUCUAGACAUCAUGUUUGGGAAAAAGAAAAGAGCACCGAUGCCCAAAGGGCAGGGGGCUGCUGCGGCCAAACAGAUGGGUCUGUUUGUUGACAUGGACCCUGAGGAGAUGAUGUCGGGUAUGGAGGGAAACCUGGACGACCCGGACCUGGAGGCUGAGCUGGCUGCCAUUACUGGAGAUGCUCCUGCAGGGAGAGCCAAGCCGAAGGGCAGGAGUCCCCUUCCCAUGGAGGACAUAGCAAAAAUGGCCGAGGAGUGUAUGAAAGACCUGAAUGAAGAGGAUGACGAUGAGGAUGUUGACGAUGAUGACGAUCUGUUGGCGGAGCUGCAGGAAGUGGUGGGCGAGGAGGUCGGUGAGGUUGAAGACAUUUCCUCCUCCUCCUGUCCAACUGCUGCACGCAGUGAAGCGGCAACAGAAGAGACCUCAGUGGAGCAGGAGCAGGAAGUGACGGUGUCGUCUGCAGCGCCGGGUAGCCUGCAGCACACGGUGGAGCAGAGGAUGCUCCUGUACAAGAGCGCUCUGCAGAACGCCCAGACUGCAGGGGAGACCUCCAAAGCCAAGAGAUACCAUCGCGGCCUAAAGACUCUGGAGUCGAUGAUGGCCGCGGUGAAAACGGGAAAGCCCAUCAAUGAGGCGGAGAUUCCUCCACCCGUUGCCACCGGAGCUCCAAACGCUGCGCCUCGGCCCGCUGCCCCCCCUGUUCCUGCCGUCCCUGAGCAGAAACGGCAUGCAGAGGCAGAGGACCCCACGGGGCUUCCUGGUGUGCCCGAUUCCACAGCAGCCAGCAGUGAAGAGGGGCUGUCUUCCUCUGCAGCUCCGCCCCCCGUCAGCUGCAGCUCGUCUUCUUCAGAUUCGUCACAGUGCAGACAGGCCGCCGGAAGUGAUGAAACCAAAACUCAUCUUCUGGAGAGGCAGAGAGAGUACAAAGCAGCAGCGCUGAGGGCAAAGAAGCAGGGAGACGUGGAGAAAGCCAAGCUUUACUUCAAGGCUAGUAAGAACUUCGAUGCAGUGAUCGAGGCGCUGGAGAAAGGACAAGCUGUUGACCUCAGUGGUCUUCCUCCUUCUCCAGGACAGGAUGCUGAAGAAGCCUCUGCUGCAGGAAAUGAACCCACGUCUGUGCCAAACCCUCAGCCUGCUGCACCCGCAGCCUCUACGGCCCAGUCUGCUCCUUCUGCUCCCAAAGACGCUCUGGAGGCUCUUGAGCAGAGAAGAGCCAAGUAUGCGGAGGCGUCGGCUCAGGCCAAAGCAGCUGGAGACGACCGCAAGGCCCGCAUGCACGACCGCAUCGCUAAGCAAUAUCAAAGUGCCAUACGAGCUCAUAAAGCAGGGAAACCGGUCAACUUCGACGAGCUGCCUGUUCCUCCAGGCUUUCCUCCGAUCCCGGGCCAAAAGGCAGAAGGAGCCGAACAAGGUUUUAUUGCUGCUCUUGAAGCUGCUAACAAGCUUGCAUCCACGGACGCUGCCGAAGAGGAAGAUGAUGAUGAUGAUGAUGACAAGGGGGAAGAGUUGAAGGCUGCUAUUCCAGAAAAUUCCAAACGGCCCACACUGGAGGUUCCAGAGGUAGUUCAGGGGCAGAAAAGACCUCCAUCAGCCUCACCUGACCGAACGACUCGGAGGGACGGCCUUUCACCUGCAGCGGUUCAGCAGCUGGAGUUCCUGGAGAACCGGAAGAAGCAGUUCAUGAAGGCAGCUCUGCAGGCCAAGCAGAAGAACGACAUGGAGCAGGCCAAGAACCUUCUCCGCACCGCCAAAGGCUUUGAUCCAAUGAUCGAGGCCACGCGCAGCGGGAAGUCUGUGGACAUCAGCACGGUGCCGUCGCCUCCUGGUGAUGAAGAGGACGACUUCAUCCUGGUCCAUCACAGCGACCUGCAGCUCUCCCAGAAAGCUGAGGAGGUUUACUCGCAACUCGCCAAGAUGCUGAGAGAUCAGCACGAGAAAUGUUUGACUCACUCCAAGCAGUUCACACACCUGGGAAACGUCGCAGAAACGACAAAGUUUGAGAAGAUGGCAGAGGACUGUAAGAAAAGCAUGGAGGUCCUGAAGCUGGCUCAGGCCCAGGGGCUGCCGCCUCCUAAACAUCACUUUGAGGAGAAGUCCUUCCGCACGGUCAGAAUCUUUCCAGACCUGAGCGGCACCGACAUGGUGGUCCACAUUGUGAGGGGAAUGAAUCUUCCGGCUCCUAACGGAGUGCAGUCCAACUAUCUGGACGCGUACAUCAAAUUUGACUUCCCGUUCCCGAGCUCGGAGCAACCACAGCGACACAAAACCACAGUGGUCAAGAACACGAACUCUCCAGAAUACAAUCAGAGCUUCACGCUGACCAUCAACCGGAACCACCGCGGCUUCAGGAGGUUGGUGGCUUCCAAAGGCUUCAAACUGGAUCUGCUACACAAAGGGGGCUUCCUGCGCUGCGACAAGCCCAUCGGUUCGGCGCUGGUCAAGCUGGACAAGCUGGAGGCGCAGAGCGAAAUCAGGGAGAUCGUUGAGGUGAUGGACGGCCGGAAACACACGGGCGGACGGGUGGAGGUCAAAGUGCAGCUGCGGGAACCUCUGAGCGGUCAGGACAUCCAGACCAGCACAGAGAGGUGGCUGGUGAUUGACACCUAACAGAUAAAGAAACUUUUAUCAAAAACCCUUCAGAACAGAAGGGGGGGGUCGUUUCUGUGGAUGAUCCCAGGACAAACGGCGGCGUUCUGGCACUUUACCGAUGAGUCCACCAGGGGGAGUCAGGGAGCUGUGGACCUUCUGCAGGACACCAGCUCCAAAACUCAGAGACAAACAGGAUCCCCGCCACCGUGAUUGAGCGCUGCGUAACCACGGCGCCGGACUCACCUCAGCAUUUCUCAGAGCGCCCCCCCGUCCCCCCACAGCGCUGGGAUUCAGACCUGCACUUCUGCACUAACAAGUAAUCAGAGCUGCUGCGACCUCUGUCGUGUUGAAAUGGCCAAAGCUGGCAGACCGUUUCCAGUGAUGCAAGAUGUCUUUGUGUGUGUAUUCAGUGCUGUGUACACAGAGCAGGAGGCCAAAGGGCUCUCCUGUUGGGAGUCUUUACUCACCUGUAGGGGGGGUGGGACAGAUGCUGGGAAAGUGGAACCAUCCCUUUUUUUGCACUUGAUCUGAUGCACACCAACAUUACUCCAGGUGUGGUGGUGGUGGUGAGGGGGGGCUUUCACUCAACACCCCAGGAUUCCAUGCAAAUGAUGGAGCGAUCACUAACUCCUAGUUUUUAUUGUUUUCAUAGUUUUAUAAGAACAGCUCAUGUGGAAACAGCCAGAACUCGGAACAUUUUGUGGAAAAACACAACAAACACACAAGAAGUGAACUGCAGAGGAAGCUGCAGGAUGUGUGUUCAAGUCCCACACACGUUUGAAUCACCUCUUUACUCAACUUCAACCCUUUUCUGUCCGGAAAUGGGAUUUUUCUCUUCAAAACAAAAGCUUUUCACUCAAAGCAGUUUUUUUGAAUGAAACACGAUCGAGCUCUAAAGGAUGGAAAGCUUCCUGCAAGAACCUUUGUGUGAAAAAUGUCUUUCCUGACAAAAAUCAUUUUCAGUCUGGUUGUUUCACAGCAGACACAGCGUUUUGUAUAUUUCUAGUGACCCGACGCCUCGUUUUGUUCACAACUGAGCCAAGUGCAGCCUUACCUCGGCCCUCUUCAGCAACAUUCGUCCCUCGUCCUUCAUUUCAGCUCUGAUCAUCUUAUGUUUACAUUUCUAAAAUGUUCUCAUUAUUUCAAUCAGAGACCGCUUCAUGCCAUGUGUGCUUCUAGAACCAAUAAAGUUUUUGCUCCAA